CAUGGGACUAAUCCUGUUUUCAGAGAGUUGGAAGAAUGUCCACUUAAGUGGGCACCAGGUGGGGCAGGGGAGGAGGGGAGGUACCUUCUUCUCUGGCUCAGAAUGCUAGGUUAGAGCCCUGGGCUUCUAAUGGCUCUGAGUGGGAGAGUGACCGGGGACACUGUCCCUUGAACUGCCUUGGGAAGUUUAGCAAUGACCCCCUAGGCUAAGGCCAGAAUGAAGUCAUAGGUCCUCUCAGAUUGCCGUAGCUUGGGUAGAAAGAGAAUGUGGUCCGCGGGUAGCUGCUCCAGUUUCUCAGCUCUCACAACCCCAUGGCUUCAAGUGACUGCUGAGUCCCAUCUGGCUAUUGGUGGGGGGUGGGGGGCAGUAGGGUCUGGGACAACACCCCAUCCCAGCUGGGGGCUGGCCAUGGGCAGCCCUUAUGAAGAUUACCUGAAUCCCGACAAGGUAUUUGAACACUACAACUUCACCAAAGAGACUCUUGCAACCCCAGAUACAUCAUCCCGCCAGGCUUUCUCAGUCUUCAUUGUCCUGGUUUGCUGUGCCAUCAUCCUGGAGAACCUGCUGGUAUUGGUGGCUGUUGCUCGGAACAGCAAGUUUCAUUCAGCCAUGUACUUGUUCCUGGGCAACUUGGCAGCCUCAGAUCUGUUGGCUGGCGUAGCUUUUAUGGCCAAUACUCUGCUGUCCGGCCCUCGAACGCUGCAGCUGACCCCUGUGUCCUGGUUUGCUCGAGAGGGCUCAGCCUUCAUUGCACUUUCUGCCUCAGUCUUCAGCCUAUUGGCCAUUGCCAUCGAGCGGCACGUAGCUAUCACAAAAGUGAAGGUGUAUGGUAGUGACAAGAGCUUCCGGAUGUUGUUGUUGAUUGGGGCUUGCUGGGUCAUCUCUGUGGCCCUGGGGGGUUUACCCAUCCUUGGUUGGAACUGCCUUGGUCAUCUGGAUGCCUGCUCCACAGUACUGCCACUCUAUGCCAAGUCCUAUGUACUCUUUGUUGUGACUGUGUUCACUGCAAUCUUGCUGGCUAUAGUUGCCCUCUACGUACGCAUCUACUGUGUGGUGCGUUCUAGCCAUGCUGAGGUGGCUGUACCACAUACCUUGGCCCUGCUGAAGACAGUGACCAUUGUGUUGGGUGUCUUUAUUGUUUGUUGGCUGCCAGCCUUCACUGUACUCCUGUUGGACACCUCCUGCCCUGUCCGUGCCUGUCCCAUACUCUACAAAGCCCACUACUUCUUUUUCUUUGCCAUGUUCAAUUCCCUGCUCAACCCUGUCAUCUACACAUGGCGAAGCAGAGACCUUCGGAGGGAGGUGUUUCGGCCCCUGUGCUGCUGGGAGCAGCGAGCCCAGCAGGCCCGUGGAGGAACCCCAGGGCGCUGCCUCUUACCCCUUCGAAGCUCAAGCUCCCUGGAGCGUGGCACGCAGAUGCCCACAUCACCUACAUUUAUGGAAGGAAACACAGUGGUGUGAAGGUGGUGGUCUUAGAGGGCAUACUGGUAACUAUGUGGGGGGGCUAUGAUAGUUUGGGGCUGUUAGAGCCCUCUGGAAGUCUGGGGAUGAGAAGUGGGGCAAACUGCCCUUUCCCAUAGAAACUGAUACUUUUUAAAAUUUUUUAUUUUUAUUUUAUUUUGAACCUGAUGUUCUUUGGAAUCCUGUGGAUGAACUUAAUGUUCAAAAGGUAUGAGGGGUCAAGGCACUACCCCUAUAGACACCUCACCUUUUUCGCUCCUACAUAUUUGUGCAAAAAUCUAAUGCCUUUAAUUUCCACCUUUAUCUUCCAAUUUCCAGAGGGUUCAGGGACUCUUCCCUCAGUGUUCUGCCAACUGUACAAGCCCACAGCUUCCCCAAAUCUUGACAGCUGACGGUUAUACUCCUUCCCUUCCUCGCCCAACCACAUGCUGGGAAAUCACAGGAUGGGAAGGGGAAGGGCUAACAAGCCCCAGUUUUGUACUUCAGUGGCAAAAUACACUAUUGGAGGCAGGAACCAGAGAGAGAAGGCACUGAGGCCCCCAAAACUUGUUAUGGAGGAUUGGGGGAGCAAGGUGCAGGCCAGUCUGAUGAAGACCUCCUCCUAGGAGCCAGGUUCCACUGAAGAGGUCUUCUCCUGGUCCCCUCACCCCCGCUGGCUAGAUCAGUUUGGGGAAUACUCCUGACACCCGAGAUUAGGGUUCAAAAGAAGCUGGAGUUAACUCUUAGGGGCAUUAUGUCCUAUUCUCACUUUGGACCCCAAACUCUGUCCUCCUUCCCCCAACCCAGUUUCCCUCCCCACCUGCCCAUCCUUUGUGAGACCUCUAAUCCUAGCAGACCUGGCUAUUACCCAGUUCAAGUUAUAUUGAAUGGGAGUUGGAAGAAUAAAAGCCAUAAGGCUGCUACCCCUCCCCAGCCUCACCUCCUCAGAGAAGACCUGGAAUCUUGUCGAGGAAAGGCAACCAAGCGGUACAAAUGAAAAUGUAUAUUUAUGUUUGAAUGCCUGUGCUUCAGGAUGUGUAUGUAUAUAUGUCUCCACUCCUCUCUCGCCUCCCCACACCUUGUUUUUCCUCAGUGGCUUAGAGUUUGGAUGUUCCACAUUUUUGUUCCUCCGGUCUUUGUUGAAGUAACUUAAGGGGAGGGGGAAGCAACCCUCUCCUUCCGGUCCGGUCCUAAUGCUUCCCAAGGAAUGACUUGGGAAGCCAUUCCCAUUGGAGGUGGGGAGGGGCAGGGAUCUCACAUGCUGCCUAUUGUCUGCUAAGAGGGCUUAAGGGUCCUCAUGGAACUCUGAGAGGAGACUUUGUUGCCAAAGACAACUGCAAUAAAGAUAAAAGGAAGGGACAGCGACAGACCCCAUUAUAUGUCUGCCUUCUUGGGAAAUCCCACAUGCCUCUCCCUUUCCUCUGACUCUGACCUUGGGCUGAUUAAAUGGUUCAGUUUGACUUCUC